AUGCCGGGCAAAACACCUUCACGCAGCGGGAAGGAUCCCCUCGAGAACGGGGUUCGUAAGAACAACAAGGAUGCCGACUCAAAGAGCAAGGGCAAGAAGGGAGCAAAGGACGGCGACGAAGAGAUGACUGUUGUUGUCCCUCCGUCCAAGAAGGCGGCUGCUCCCCCGGCGGAUGCUGACGGAGACGUUGCGAUGGGUGACGAGGCUGGAGCAGAUGAAGCAGAGGUCAAGGUUGACCCCGUGGUGCAGGCUGUAGCAGAUAUCAAGAGCAAUUUCGCUCUGCUGGACCGCGCAGUCGCGCUCUUCGAUGCCAGAUUCUCCCUCCGAGCCCUGCGGUCGAUUUCCACCAUCCGCAAGCGCCUGACACCCGAUAUCAUCGCCCAGGCCAUUGCCGAGAGCUUCCCCGCAACCGUUGCCUCCGGAAAUGUUGCCAAGCAGCUUCUGAUUGCCAUCGGUCGCGAGAACGUACCCCUCGGCCGCUCCAGCGGACCGGAGAUGGAGGUAGACAGCGAGCCUGCGAAGACGAAGAACGGCCUGAAGAAGGAGGUGAAGGAGAUCAUCCCCGAGAUUGACAUCUUCCUCGGCAUCCUGAUCCAGGUCCACCUCUACGACACCAAGCAGUUCCAACACGGAGCCGAGUUCUCUAAGCAGCUCACUGACCGUAUCCACACGCUUAACCGCCGUACACUAGACUCCCUUUCCGCCAAGGUCUACUUCUACUACUCAAUGUUCUGCGAAAGCCUCGCUCCUCAGCCUCCUUCUCCUCAGUCUCCGGUCGUCGCUAUUCGACCCACUCUUCUGGCUGCUCUGCGGACCGCCGUUCUCCGCAAGGAUAUCGACACGCAAGCCUCGGUCAUUGUGCUUUUGCUUCGCAGCUAUUUGUUGACGUCUCACAUUGCGCAGGCCGACCUGCUCGUAUCCCAUACCCAGUUCCCCGAGAACGCGGCCAACAACCAGGUCGCACGCUUCCUGUACUACCUUGGACGCAUCCGCGCUAUUCAGCUGAGAUACACUGAGGCACACGAGCACCUCACAGCUGCGACAAGAAAGGCUCCCUCAAGCGCCUGCGCGGUCGGCUUCUCACAGACGGCGACCAAGCUUCUGUUGGUGGUUGAAUUGUUGAUGGGUGAUAUUCCCGAGAGAUCUACUUUCCGCCAGCCCACUUUGGAGCUCUCUCUGCACCCUUAUUUCCUCCUUGUUCAGGCCGUCCGGGUUGGCAAGGUCCAGAACUUCGAGACUAUCAUUGCGGAUCACGCCGACACCUUCCGCCGCGACGGCACAUACAGCUUGAUCCUCCGCCUGCGCCAGAACGUCAUCAAGACCGGCAUCCGUAUGAUGUCUUUGUCGUAUUCUCGCAUUUCCCUGCGCGAUAUCUGCAUCCGCCUCGACCUUGGUAGCGAAGAGUCGGCCGAGUACAUUGUCGCCAAGGCCAUCCGCGAUGGUGUUAUCGAAGCUACCCUAGACCGCGAGCAUGGAUACAUGAAGAGCAAGGAAGUCGGCGACGUCUACGCUACGCGGGAGCCUGGUGAAGCCUUCCACGACAGAAUUCGCGCAUGCUUGGCUCUCCACGAUGAGAGCGUCAAGGCCAUGCGAUUCCCCAUGAACCAGCACCGCUUGGAGUUGAAGAAUGCCCAGGAGGCGCGCGAACGUGAGCGUGAGAUGGCCAAGGAGAUACAGGAGGGAGAUCUGGACGAGGACGAUCUUGGCGGCGACUUUGAUGGCAUGUAA